AUGCCCGGGGCCAGGGACGAGAUCUGUCAGAAGGCACUGCAGCUGCUGGCCGAGCUGUGCUCCAGCGGGGCGGUAGAGCACGACAGCUGCCAGGAUUUUAUCCAUUACCUGCGGGACCGCGCCAGACCCCGUCUCACCGACUCAGACAUCUCAGUGAGUUUGCUGUCUCUAGUUGUCACAGCCUGUGGGCUGGCCCUCUUCAGUGUAUCUCUAUUUGUGUCCUGGAAGCUCUGCUGGAUCCCCUGGAGAGAACGAGGCCUGUUCUCGGGAAGCAAAGACAACCAGGAGCCCCUGAAUUACAUGGAAACCGAGACCAAUGACCCAGAGUACAGUGAGGACUACCAGGAACAGCCCUCGCCAUAUCCCGAUGCCGCCAUGAAGAUCAGCCACACGUCUCCUGACAUCCCCUUAGCUUCUCAAGCAGAGAACAAGGAGAAUUGUGUCCAUGGGGCCCGCAUGCAACGACAAGUGACAGAACCCACCCCAUCUGCCCGGCACAAUUCAAUCCGAAGGCAACUCAACCUCUCCAACCCAGACUUCAAUGUCCAGCAGCUUCAGAAGCAGGAACAGUUGACAGGGAUUGGACGCAUUAAACCUGAAUUAUACAAGCAGAGGUCGGUGGACACUGAUGACGGCAGAAAGAGCAACAGCAAGGCCUGUGGGAAACUGAACUUCAUUGUGAAAUACGACUGUGACUUAGAGCAGCUGAUCGUGAAGAUCCAUAAAGCCGUCAACCUGCCAGCAAAAGACUUUUCUGGAACGUCAGACCCUUAUGUUAAGAUUUACUUGCUCCCGGAUCGAAAAACUAAACACCAGACUAAAGUUCACAGAAAGACACUAAACCCAGUCUUUGAUGAGGUUUUUUUAUUCCCAGUUCCCUACAAUGACCUUGCCAUGAGGAAGCUUCACUUCUCUGUCUAUGAUUUCGACCGGUUCUCCCGCCAUGAUUUAAUUGGCCAAGUGGUUGUGGAUCAUUUCUUAGAUUUGGCAGACUUCCCUCGAGAGUGUAUCCUUUGGAAGGAUAUCGAAUAUGUCACCAAUGAAAAUGUGGAUCUUGGAGAUUUGAUGUUUUCCCUUUGCUAUCUUCCAACUGCUGGAAGGCUGACCAUCACCAUAAUCAAGGCCAGGAAUUUAAAAGCAAUGGAUAUAACUGGAGCAUCAGAUCCUUACGUGAAAGUUUCACUGAUGUGUGAAGGCAAACGCCUGAAGAAAAGAAAAACUUCCACCAAGAGGAACACACUCAACCCUGUUUACAAUGAAGCCAUAGUCUUUGAUGUCCCCCCAGAAAACAUUGACCAAAUUCAUUUGUCAAUAGCUGUCAUGGACUAUGACCGUGUAGGUCACAAUGAGAUCAUUGGGGUGUGCCAAGUAGGCAACGAAGCAGAACGCCUUGGACGAGAUCACUGGAGUGAAAUGCUAUCAUACCCUCGGAAACCCAUUGCUCACUGGCACCCACUAGUUGAGAAAAGAUAGAAAUGGAAGUGAGGACUGCUCAGGCCAAGUGAUGAGCUCAGCCCAUUGGAUUCCAACUGUCUCAAGCUGCUUUCUCAUUCCAACCCUAUCCCAAUAGCCCCACCAACCAAAUGCUCAGAUGUAACCUAAGCAAUAACAAGUCUUCUCCCAAGACCAGGUUUGAUGAGCACCAAGGGGCCAGUGAACCUGCCUACCUUCUUGGCACAGUUGAAAGCCAAGUAUGCCAUGGGAGAAGACUUGCUGUGUGACCAAGAAUCAAGACUGGAUGAAAGAAGA